CUAGGAUUUAUUUCUUUAGAAGUCCUUAGUAAAUACUACAUCCGUCCCAGAGUAUUUGUCCACUUUCAUUUUUACACACCAUCCAAUACACUUCUUUAAUCCAUUUUAUCUUGUAAUUUGUAUAUUAAAAAAUUAUAGAAAUUAUAUAUUAAUAAUCUAUAUGUUAAGACAAAUCAAACAAGAUCACACAUGACUAUAUUUAGGCUUACACAUUGAGAGAAUUUGAUGAGUCAAAGUGCUUUGAUGAACAGUUCCAAAAGUCAAAACUGGNUUCUUUAGAAGUCCUUAGUAAAUACUACAUCCGUCCCAGAGUAUUUGUCCACUUUCAUUUUUACACACCAUCCAAUACACUUCUUUAAUCCAUUUUAUCUUGUAAUUUGUAUAUUAAAAAAUUAUAGAAAUUAUAUAUUAAUAAUCUAUAUGUUAAGACAAAUCAAACAAGAUCACACAUGACUAUAUUUAGGCUUACACAUUGAGAGAAUUUGAUGAGUCAAAGCUACACGGACGCAGCAGGCUGCAUGCCAUGGCGCGUCGGCUCAAUGAGAUCGCGCCGGACGUUUCCCCCGGGGUCUACUAGCGUCCUCCCGAUCUGGGCAGGCGUCCCCCACCGUUACGCAUGCCUCCUCCUCACCCUAGCUCCGACCCGGUGCCUCGUAUGCGGGUUGACGCUCCACGGUUCUCGGGGGAGGAUCGUACAGGUUGCCUUUUCCGCGUGCAAAAAUACUUUGAUUAUUUUUCUACCCCGGAGGAUGAACGUUUUCAUCUCGUCGCCAUGUUGAUUGAUCACCCCACGUCGGAAUGGUUCCGAUACUAUCAAGCUAAUAAUUGUGAUGCUUCCUGGCCGGCCUUUUUAACAGUGGUCCAACAGCGUUUCGACCCCGACUAUUAUGAGAAUUAUAUUGGGCUCCUCUCCAAAUUGCAGCAGACUGCAACCGUUAUGGAUUAUCAGUCGGCGUUCGAGACACUCCUCAAUAAAGUCACAGGGGUGCUGGAAACAACCCUUAUUGCCAUGUAUAUUGCAGGUCUCAAGCAGCCGGUUCAACGCGAGGUUAAAUUAAAGAGUCCGACGACAUUGCAAGCUACGUUUGCCUUGGCCAGGGAGUUGUCGGCAUGCCACCAGGAAGCCCAUCCGUUCGGUUCGUCACGUCGGGUCUGGGCCUCUCGUCCCUCGAAUGCAGCUUCCACAGGGAGUCCUACCCCCCUGCCACUGCCCAGUCGGCCUACCCCCCAAGCCCCUCGUUCGACGGAUGGGCACCCACCCCCCCCCCAACUGCGUAUUGUUCGCCUUACCACGUCGGAGAAAGCAGAGCGUUCUAAGAAGGGGCUCUGUUGGUACUGUGAUGAGCGUUGGAUUCAAGGGCACCAGUGCAAGCGCCGGUUCCUCGUUUUUAUGGGUCCGGAUGAGGAUGAGGACCAUGGGGAGUCCAGCGAGCAGAACAGCGGCACUUGCGACGAGGCAUUAAUCACCGCGGACAUCUCUAGUAUGCAUUUCUUGGCGGGCAGUCCUAGUCCUCGUUCAUUGAAAUUGAUGGGAUCCGUACACGGCGCGCCGGUUCAGGUGCUCUUGGAUGGCGGGAGCACGCACAAUUUUAUUCACCCGGCGGUGGUCGAGCGUCUGACUUUGGUUCUUCACCCGGUGGCCCCCUUUCGGGUCUACGUGGGCAACAGUGAUUCAUUGCGUUGCUCUUAUUCCUGCCCGCAAACUCCUCUCACCAUGCAAGGCCAUGUCUUCGACGUCGACCUUUUUCUCUUGGAAAUCCACGGCCCAGACAUCGUGCUCGGUGUCCAGUGGUUGCAAACGUUGGGUAAAGUGGCUCAUGAUUAUGCCAACUUGAUGAUGGAGUUCGCCCUCUAUGGCCGCGAGCCUCCAAACCUGUUUGCCACAAUGUCGAUCCGCUCCCGUAGUCCGGCGGUUGAAGAGCUGUUACGGGAACGCGCCGAUUUACUACAAGACUUGAAGACCAACCUCACCAAGAUGCAACACCGGAUGCGCGCCCAGGCUAACCGACAUCGUCGAGACGUUACCUUCCAGCCGGGUGACCUGGUUUUACUUAAGCUCCAACCGUACCGCCAGCACUCGGUCGCCCGUCCAGGGUCUCAGAAGCUGUCCCGCCGCUACUAUGGUCCCUUUCAGGUUAUCGAACGAAUUGGGGCUGUGGCUUAUCGUUUGCGUCUCCCGGAAGGCUGCCGCAUCCAUGAUGUCGUCCAUGUGUCCCUCCUUCAUCCCUUCAUCCAGCGCGGCAGUACGAUUUCCGAACCAUCCCUUCCCGCGGAUUUCUACAAGAGUCGCCCAGAUGUCACGCCUGUCUCUGUUGUCCGCCGCCGCAUAGUUUUGGUUGAUGGUCAUCCCCAGGAACAAUGGCUAGUGCAAUGGUCGACGGGCUCCACUCCUGAUGCAACGUGGGAGCCCGUCCAGGAGCUUCGACGACAUUUCCCCAACCUCGCCCUUGAGGACAAGGACGUUUCUAAGGCGGGGGGAGUUGAUACAGACACGUUCGUAGAGCAUGAGGAGGAAGCUACGGUCGUACCUCGCCCACGUCGUACUACCCGACGACCCAAGCGUUAUGACGACUAUGAUUAAUAUUAUUAUUGUUUCUUAAUUCAUUAAAUCAUUUCUUGUAUUUAGAUUUUGUUAGGUGGGCAAAAUAUAAGCCCCUUCAAGGGUUUUCUUUUCGGCUCUUUCCCUUGACGCCUUUCUUGAACCGACAGGUUAGAUCACGUAGGGACCCUUUGCCUAUAUAUACAAAGACUCCUCAAGCUUUGACAGUUAAUAAAGAAAUACUUUUCCC